AUGAACUCCGACAAAAAGACGAAGCUCGCAAUCGCCAUGGCCGUUAUCUGCUACUCCUUCGCCGAUACCGACUGGCUGUGGGAGGCUUUGCAGGCCGCCGGGUCCCCAAUCCAGGUUAUCGGUGGUCGAUCUGUAAGAGAGGGCAACAAGAUCUUGGCUCUAUAUGGAGAUCGCCUGCUCGGACAGUUUGUUGCGCAUGAAGGCAUUGUCCAGAACACCAUGAACAGAAGUCGCGAGAUCGACGACCGCAUCAAGUAUUGCGUCAACAAUGACCGUUUGGCUCAAAUCUUCGAUGAAGCUGGUCUCGCGUCUUGCAUCAACCAGAACCCCUCUCAGGGAAUCCACGUCGGGUCCAAGACCAAGUCGGCCACCAUCGAAGCCAUCAUCGGCGCUGUCGCCAUGGACGGCGGACUUCAGGCGGCCAGAGAAGUCGCCCAAAACUUGGGAGUCUAUACCCCAGAAGAGACUGAGUACUAA